AUUAAUUUAAACUUCCUCUAGAAGGAAGGAAAAAGAAGCGAAUUCGAGAUGAUUCUGUCGACAAUGCAACAAAGAAAAAGACUCAGAAUCUGAUCUUAUUCUGUUCCUUAGAAUAAAUUCGUUCCCAUACCUCUACCUUUGCAACCGUCUAUUCACAACAAAGGAGAUCCGAUCAGGCAACAAAGAGAAAAACCAUAGAACUGAAGAAUGGCAGUAGAAUAUGAAUGCUGCGGAACGGCCUUCCUCAUUCACAUCGUUGUUGUCAUUGCUCUGGUGCUGUUUGCUGGGUUAAUGUCCGGCCUCACCUUGGGACUCAUGUCUAUGAGCCUUGUCGACCUCGAAGUUCUUGCCAAGUCUGGAACGCCUAGUGACCAGCAGCACGCUGCAAGGAUACUUCCAGUUGUUAGAAAACAGCAUUUGCUGCUUUGCACUUUGUUAAUCUGCAACGCAGCCGCUAUGGAGGUACGUAUCAAAUUUUCUGGAGGAUGAACUGCUCACUUCUACUUGGGUAAAACCUAACAUGUUUCUAUAUAUUGUUUCAACAGACCCUUCCCAUCUUUCUGGAUAGCUUGGUAACUGCUUGGGGUGCUAUUCUGAUUUCUGUGACCUUGAUACUUCUCUUUGGUGAGGUAAGUUCUUUGUCAGCUUCAGGCAACCGUCCCUGUUUUUCUAUCCCCAGUUGCUCUCUUUUUCACAUUUGCUUCUUUUCUAUGUAGAUAGUACCCCAGGCUAUUUGUUCUCGGUAUGGUUUGGCAAUUGGUGCAAAAGUUGCCCCAUUUGUUCGAAUUCUGGUUUGGAUUUGUUUUCCAGUUGCAUAUCCAAUAAGCAAGGUCGAAUUAUCAUGAGUAGCUCUCUUUCUGUUCACUUACCAAAUUGACAAGCCCCACCUGUUUAUGGCUAUAUAUGACCUAUUGUUAGUGUUCUAUGAUCUGCAGCUAUUAGACCUUUUGCUGGGGGAAGGGCAUGAGGCACUUUUCCGACGUGCAGAGUUGAAAACACUGGUGGAUUUGCAUAGCAAUGAGGUAUUAUUGA